CCCAUUCGUAUCAAUCUUUCCACUGAAUUUGCAUUCGGAGAUAUGCUGCAGCAACUCAUCCUUGGAAUAGUAAGCAUAUCUCGAACCUUUUUCAUGUUCCCCAGUGCACCUCCACGUUUUGCACUGAUGGGCUCGGAUGUGCUCGAGUAAUCCCUCUUUGUAAGGGAAGGUUGUGACUCGAUUUCAUGUGACCGAACCACGCUCUUGAGGAAGCGAAUGAGGGUCGAGACUCCCGGCAUUCUUCCGCCAAGCAAACAUAUGGCUGGAGAUCUUGUCGAUAAUGAUGUCUUCCUUUAUCAGACCACCUCUUCUGAGUGGUAUGUAAAACAGAGCGAUCAACGACUUGAUGGCACCAUUCACAAGAUGCAUAAUCCUCGCCUGAUCUGAAUUUGGGAAGAUCAGGCUCUCUGGGCUGAUCAACAUGUCUUGUUAAGGUUUUGGGGGGCUUUGAUUGAGUAAUACUCGGAGCUAUGACCUGCUCCAAGUCCAAAGGUAAAAGCGUAGUAUCAAUCGAAGACGCAGGAAUGACCAUAGCUACUUUUCUUCCUUUUUUUCUAGCUUCAUCACCCCCCAUUUCGAAAGAGAAUUGUACCUGGGUCUCUGAUAGGCUCUCGAUUCCAGUGUUUUGGACGACACUCUGAAUGCCAGUAGCGAGAGAUUCAGAUUUGGAAUUCGCCUUGUUCCGAUAUACCUCGUAACGAAGCUUGGCAUAUCUGUCUGUCGUUGAGUCGACGAGCUGUUUUCUUAAAGUCUCUGCUGAGUUUGGAUAUAGAAAAUCGAGAACAAGGGAUAUACGGUCCUCAAACUCGGAUAACGGUACGAGUUCAGGGUAUUGUGAUGCAAAUCUACGCGCUCGUGCUGUGGCGAUAGAUCUUGAAGAAGAUCUGAUAGCAACACCAGUCUUGUUUAAUCGUGUAAUGGCCUCACUGAUCCCGGGAAAAAUUUCCGUGGUAAGAGAUGGUGGUGAUGUGUUGGUGACUUGUCCAUUUGCAUUUGGCAGGUCGUGGAU